AGCGAUCGAAGAAAGCCACCAUCACUACCCUCAUAUAACGACAACUUCAAUGAUCAUGCUAUGAAAUGAAAUCAACCUCCAAAAACUACGUGUUCACAUCCCAUUGGACCUUUGUGCUCACAUCUUUCCACUCUUUCUUAGCAAGCACUUUGUCAUAAUUUACAAACUCAUAAUAAACAUCUUGAAUCAAAUCAAAUCUUGCUCCUCUCCUUCUUCCUCUCUGCUCUCUCUUCUACCGAAUUCCUCAAUUUAUACGUAUAUAUACAAGUUGGUCCCGUGAGUUCCAGUCCCAUUCAAUCAUUUCAGUUGAGGUUCAGAUCUGAGACGCACUCACACUGCAAUGGCAGAAAAAGAAAAGGUGACGACAAUGGUGCUGAAGGUGGACCUUCAGUGUCACAAAUGCUAUAAGAAGGUCAAAAAAGUUCUCUGCAAAUUCCCUCAAAUACGAGACCAGACAUACGACGAGAAGCAAAACCAGGUGAUCAUCAAAGUGGUAUGCUGCAGUCCAGAGAAGAUCAGGGACAGGAUAUGCUGCAAAGGUGGGGGAGCCAUCAAGAGCAUUGAGAUCAAAGAGCCUGAGAAGCCCAAACCACCGCCACCGAAACCACAACCGCAGGCAGAGAAACCCAAGGAGCCAGAAAAGCCUAAACCUGCACCUGAGAAGCCCAAGGAGCCUGAGAAGCCUAAAGAGCCCGAAAAGCCCAAGCCUGCACCAGAGAAGCCCAAAGAGCCCGAGAAGCCUAAACCUGCACCUGAGAAACCCAAACCACCGCCGGCAGACAACCCCAAACCUCCGCCGGCAGAGAACCCCAAACCUCCACCUCCAGCUCCACCUGUGCAUGUACCUAUAGGCUACCCACCGCCUAACGUGAACGCGUGCUGUAUGGAUUGUUACCAUGGGCAUCCUGGUGGGCCAUGCCAGACUGGCUAUGGUGGAGCAGCCCCAUACAUCCAGUAUGAUGGUUACUAUGGAAGGCCUGUGUACGACAGUUAUGGCGGUGGCAGGAGCUACAAUACUAACUAUUGUGUUGCCCGCUCUGACUGUUUCAGUGAAGAAAAUCCCCAAGGCUGCACAGUCAUGUGACUUCCCAUAUGGAUAUGGAAAUGGUGCACUGCGGAAUAUUGUUGAGGUCAAGUUCAUUUGGGUUUGGAGUUUCAGGGACAAAAAUUAAAUAUAUGUAAAUCAUCUUCAAUCUUGGGUCAUUUUAUGUUUAAUUAGCAGCAGUCCAGUGUCGGUGUUGGUUUUGUUCAUAUUUAUAGGAGAAGAAAAGUGAUCAAUAAAGUUGGUUGUUGGUGGUGGAGGACUAAGUCACAAUCAGGUUAUUAUUCAUUGUACCUACAUUACAUGAAGAUGAAUGAAGUUGCUGCUGCUACAAUUUUCAAUGCAAUAAUAAACAAGUUUCCAUUGCA